AUGGAGGACCACAACGAUCCACUAGUUUUCACUUUUCCAAUAGCGGGAUAUAACGUCAAGAAGAUCCUGAUAGACGGUGGAAGCUCCGUCAACGUUCUCUUUUACGAUACAUUCAAACGGAUGGAAUUGAAUGAUGAACAACUAAUGUCCUCUUAUUAUACCAUCUAUGGAUUCAACGGUGGACCUACGAAGCCUCUAGGGGACAUAAUGUUAGAAGUAAAGGCAGGACCGAUGAAGGUUAGGACUCGGUUCAACGUGGUAGAUGCUACUUCUCCUUACAAUUCCAUCAUCGGACGAAGAUGGGUUCACAAACUCAAAGGAUUAGCAGCAACGUAUCACCAAUACCUUAGAUUCCUGACACCCGAAGGGGUAAUGGAAAUUAAGGGAGAUCAGGUCAUCGCUCGAGAAUGCCAAGCUUUGCAAACCAACUCAACAAUGAACAAGAUGAGCAGAGGAAGUCCCUAA